AUGGACGCCUUCGCGGAUGCCUUCUCGGCACGGAGGAUGCUGCUUGAAAGAAUCCUGGGAGAGCCAGACUUUGCACACUACCAAAGUGAGAGGCGACACGAAUUGGUUCCGGUGAAGCAGAUCAAACUAGUUCAAGAAGACCCACUCGCUGGAACUCCUGUCCUCAUCCGAUGGUACUUCAACAACUACACCUUGGUCUAUGGAUCUCUGUCGCAGGAGCAACACGAAAAAGGGUUGCUCGUAUGUACCUGCGGAGCGCUCUUGCUGUGGCCAUCCGAAUGGUGCGGGCCUGAAGCGAUCAGGCGCCGCAGGGGCCGCAGAGACCCGGCGCCGGGCUAUGAUCCGCAGUGGUUUGCAACAUUAACAUUGGCUGAAGAGAUUUGGAGGACCCUCCAAGCGCUGCCGGCCUGA